UGGAGAGAGCCUGGAGAAGAUGUCGACACAAAAUCAGAACGAACCCUUCUAUCUUCGCUACUACUCAGGUCACUCUGGGCGGUUCGGACAUGAAUUCUUAGAAUUUGAUUUCCGUACCCUUGGUGAUGGUCGCAGUGCCGCCGUGCGGUACGCAAACAACUCCAACUAUCGCAAUGACUCGCUUAUCCGCAAAGAAAUGUGUGUGAGCUCGUCGAUGAUUCAGGAGAUCAAGCGGAUUAUUAGGGAGAGCGAGAUCAUCAAGGAGGACGAUUCCAAGUGGCCCCAGAAGAACAAGGACGGACGACAGGAACUCGAAAUCAGACUUGGAAAUGAACAUAUCUCCUUUGAAACCGCGAAAAUCGGUUCGCUGGUGGAUGUGACCGAGUCCGCAGACCCAGAAGGUCUUCGGGUUUUUUACUACCUUGUCCAGGAUCUUAAAGCUUUCAUUUUCUCUCUUAUUUCUCUUCAUUUCAAGGUAAUACCAGAUUCUCUGAAGUUCGAGGACACCGCUCUGACCGUGAUUUUCCGCCUCGCAGAUCAAGCCUAUCUAAACCGGUACUUCACAAAUGACAUGGGGCUGUUCAAUUAA